AUGCCUACCCACCACCUCCCUCUAUAUCUCUCCAUUCUCUCUCCCAACUCCGAUCUCCCAUUUCCGAAACAAACUUCAAUCCUUCAUUUCAUUUUACCUUUCCCACAAAUGGCAGAUCGUGUUCAUCCAGCUGCUGCAUCGGAUCACUCCCAUCCGCUUCCUGAAUCUGUCAAGCCUCCUAUCUCCGACGACAAGCCACUACUGCCGCAAGGAACGUACGUUAUCCAGAUCCCUAAAGAUCAGAUCUACCGCAUCCCUCCCCCUGAAAAUUCUCACAAAAUCAAAAAACUUGCUAAUCGAAAACCUCGACGGAGCUGCUGCUGCCGCUGUCUCUGUUGGACAAUCGCCACCGUAUUGAUUCUAAUAAUCCUCCUGGCAAUUGCUACUGGCAUUCUCUACUUGGUUUUUCGCCCAGAAAAGUUGAAAUAUUCAAUCGAUAACAUCUCAAUAGGAGGCGUCAACCUGACUUCGUCAGCGCCGAUAUUCCCGCGGAUAACUGUUGACAUUAGAGCAGAAAACCCUAACGAUAAGCUUUCGAUGUACUACAACGGAAAAGGAAGCUCUGUCAACGUGUAUUACGCCGACGUUAACUUAUGUAACGGUGUGUUACCGACGCUUCAACAGCACACGAAUAACGUGACGAUAAUCAAAACGGCGUUAAGGGGAUCGAAUAUUGUCUUGGCACGUGAUGAUCACUCGCGAUUGGUAUCACAGCAGGGCAAACGGAAUGUGCCAUUAAGAUUGAAGGUUAAGGCGCCGCUGAAAAUUAAAAUUGGUGCCGUUAAAACGUGGGAGAUAACGGUUACCGUCAAGUGUAACGUGGCUGUUGAUCAAUUAACCCAGAAGUCAAAGAUCGUGUCGAAAAAUUGUGAUUAUAGGUUGAUCAAACGAAACGAAUGUCGUAUUGAAAAUGAAUACCACCACACAAACUGA